CAUGAAAAGUGUAAACAAAUCUUAGAGAAGGUGUAUAGUGGGAGUGGCGGAGAAAGUGUUCAUUUUCCUCCUUUUAACACCUAAAAUUCCAAAAGUUUAAUUCUUCUUCAUCCUUCUGUAUCGGCCAGCGGUUUUCUAGUUACUGGACAAGAUGAAUAAUAACCACAGAAGACAGAAUAGCCGAGGGAGAUCAACAGUUCUUAAGGUUGUGAUCCUUGGUGAUGGUGGAGUUGGGAAGUCUUGCCUUAUGAAUCGUUUUGUGACUGACCGAUUUGAUGAACAUUCCUUCCACACCAUUGGGGUUGAAUUUCUAAAUAAGGAGAUUGAGCUUGGAGGGGAGACUUUUACGUUACAGAUUUGGGACACUGCUGGCCAGGAGAGAUUCAAAAGUCUACGAACACCCUUUUACCGAGGUUCUGAUAUGUGUCUUCUAACAUUCUCUGUUGAGGAUCCUUCAAGCUUUCAAAACUUAGAUACCUGGCGCAAGGAGUUUGUUUAUUAUGCAGACGUCAAGGCUGAUUUCCCCUUUCUUGUAGUUGGAAAUAAGAUUGACCUUGAGAGAAGAGUGACCACAGAAGAAGCAGAGGCAUGGUGUAAAGAAAAUGGAGAUCUUCCAUACAUUGAAACAUCAGCCAGAGAUGCAACUAAUGUAGAAGCGUCUUUCAUGAUGUGUUUAAGACGAUGGGCUAACAUUGAGGGCCGGCAGGAGAGAAUGCCUCUUCCAGAUACAGUACAGUUAGGCAGUGAUGGCUCGCAUCACCGUCUCUGUUCCUGUUCAUCAUAGAUUUAAGAUGAGAUUAAGACAUGGACUGAAUAGAUGCUCUUGAAGUAAGUGUUAUUCUCUUUGUAUUGUUAUAAGGAGAAAGAGAUUUGAAUGAAAAUUUCAGAGCAUCUCCAUGGAGACUUUUUGUGAUAUUUUUAACUAAUUGAUGUUUCUUAGAACUGUGUAGCUAAUACAAUUUAUUUAAUUAUGAUAAAAAUUUUAUUCUUUAUAAUUUUUGCUGUAGUAGAUCCUCAGCACUAAUGUAUGAUUUUAAGUCUUGUCUUAGGGAUGACUAACACUUCAAAAAAGACACAGAUAUGUCAAGCUUUAAAUAAGUUUCCUUUGUAUGUGAUGACAAUGCCAUAGUGGAUCUAGAACUAGGUUAAGUGAAAAUAUUCCAUUAGCUAUUUAUCAUAUUUAUAGCACUAUUUUCAGUUGCAGUUGACAUACAUAUUUUAUAUAGACCAUAUUUCAUCACAGUAUUUUUUGGUGUUUGCAAAGGAUGAAAGUUUGUGUGAUUUUUUUGAUAGUUCCAAAGACCAAAUUGUUUGUAUAAAAACGUUAACCUUAGCCACAACAUAAGGAAGACGUUUUUAAUGAGAUUAAAUAGAUGUACCGAAUAUGCAAGCAGUUAUGUCAAUCAUUAACUCUUCGUGGAGUAUUACCACAUGGAAAGUAUUCUGAGAGAGUAAAACCACACAGUAGUUGGUAUUACAGGCCAUUUUAAAAUCAUAUGCAUUACACCAGACCUCUCAUAUCUUUAAUGAAUUUGCUUCCCCCACAUUCCCCUCAUAUUGAGAGCAAUUAUUUUUCCUGCAUAGUAAUUCUGUUGUGUUACAGUAUUCUGCAUGAAGUAGAUGCAAAUCAAUGCACAUUCAACAACAGAAGUUCGCCCCAAACCAACCUGUAUGAUAUGAAACAGGUGAUCUGCUAACACUGCUGUUGACUGUACAGAUAUCCCUCGCUCUACAAAGGGGCUAGGUUCCUUGAAAACCAUUCAUUAGGUGAAUUUUUGUAUCUCAGAUAACAUAUGAGAAAAAUAGGGUUCAGCUACCCAGUGACAAGAAAACUGCGAUAUCAUUCCUAAAAUAAAUGAAACCGGUUCACAAACAACAAAAACUGACCUAACUAUCAUAAAUUAGUACCUAACCACUGUAAUUUAGUAACUAACUACAAGAAAUCCCCAAUAUCAUAUUUUAAAAAUAAUAAAUUGAUUAACAAAUAACCCCCAAAAAUAACUGAAAAAAGUACCUAACUGUUGUACUCCAGGACCCUAUCCCAUUGAAUCCCCAUGUUAUAAUGAAACUGAUUAGCGAUUGGGUAGGAGGAACCAAACCCCAUCGCAAAUACUGUAGAAGUUUACCUGUAUAGCGAGGGAUACCUGUAUGUCCCAGUUACUAGACAAUAUAUAAGCAAUGAAGAUUCCAGUGAGGUAUAUAUUCCUGCCUGGGUAUAAAGUAAGAAACUGAGUGUUGGUAAAUGGCUUUCCAUCUUCCAAGGAUAUUAAAUAUGAAAAAUUCUUCCAUCCCGAACUUGUAGAUGCAUUUGUUAUGAAUACUUAUCCCUGCCAUAAAUAGUAUGAUGUGUGCUGAAGUGUGCACAUCUGCCCUGACUGUGUGUUAUGUUAUGUUGGAACGUUGGCAAAGUGAAGAAAACAUCAGGAAGACAACCCAUGCUUAUGUUAUAUCCCUCACCACACACACUUGCUACACGUUCCACAAAACUCUCUCAACAAAGACAGCGUUCAAUAGUGUUUCACUGUUUAAUGUCUUAGAUUGAAUAUUUCUAUCAAUUUAACAUGUAAAAUAUUUGUCCCAAUUUUUUUAGUUUUUUGAAGAAGAAACUCACCAUGGUUCAUUGUAGGCGGUCAAAACUCAUUCCUCAAAGAGUUAAUAUUACAUCUGCAAUUUUGUUUUUUAAUGCACUCUGUUGCUUUUGUAAAUCUUCCAACUUUACUUCUAAAUGUUAAAUCAGUGAUGAAAAUAUGGUGCAUAUGUUUCUAACAUAGUUACCAAUUAUGUGGAAGGCAGGAUUUUAUUUAGGUAGUCUUUGAUAUGAUUUUAUUUAUAUAAUAAUGUAUGGUAGUUACUUUUUUAAUCUUGGGCAAUAGGUUCUGCCAUUAUCAAACAUGCCUUAAAUGCAAGGAAUAAAUAAUAGUUAUUGUAGGUUUUAAUGCUGAAUAAUAAGCAGAAUUUUGUGGCUGGUGACAAUUGACAUAGCCAUAGCUCUCUAGUGAAAUGGAUAACACUCUGCUUUCCAGGGGAAAUUAAUAGUUUUGUUAACCAAAUCAUAGGCACUCCAGAACUUUGUAUAUCAAUGUUUCUUGUGUGUACACUCACUCCAAAAAGUAUCUUUACGGAUGGGUCGAAUGAAAUUUCAAAAUGAGCACGGUGGUCAAACUCCUUUGUCUGUUGUGUCAUGUUCUCUUACAUAAAGUCACUUUUUGGAGUAAGUUUACAUGGUCCAGUUAAGGUUCAGUUACAUGUUGAAGGUUUUACUCUGAUUCUCAGCAACUUGGUACUAUUUUAACUUCAUGUAAAGGAUUAGGGUUGGGUGUGAAUGUCAUUUAGAUAUUUGCAGAUUACUGUAGUAUAAUGAACCAAACAAAGGAAAAAUUCUGUUUUAUUAGGGUAUUGUUUAUGUAUCACAUUCAGCUUCCAUGAGCACUACCAAUUUUUUUUUAUGCUAAAUUAACACACAAGGAGUUUAUUCUGUAUAUAUAAAUUAAUUAUCUACCGGUAAUUAGAUUUUAUAAUUCAUUUUUUUAUUACUGUAGUUUAAUCUUCCAUAAUACGACAGCCAGAAUUGGUGUUAGAGAGAAAUUCAUUUUUAUUUGUACAUUUAUCAGAAAAGGGUGUGGUGUGGUGGCCUUUUGUAACAAGGAUCACUGUUUUUUUCUCAGGUCACCCAGCUGUGAAUGGGUACCUGUCAUUAUAGCUAGGAAGUGAACACAGUCAAGUGCAUUGCUGACUACACUGGCUUAUUAUGUACCAAGGGCUUAAUAACAGUGUCUUGUAUCUGCACUGCCACUAAUGGGUUGGCAGGCAUAUGAGAUCCACUUUCACAUGGGUAAAGGCAUGACCAAAAUAUCUGAUGAAUGUAUAGAUGAUGUUAAAUCUAUUUCUGUCUUUGUUACCUUUAGACGUUGUCACCUAGUAAGCUGAGACGUGUUGAAGAUACCUUUUUCUUUAUGUCAUGGGUUCGAAUUAUCCCUCAACAUUACAACCACCGAUUGACUCCACACCUUCAAGUGCUUAAUUACUCCUAUGUCAACACAUGAAACAAUUGCUUAUGUUACAUGGAAAAUGGCCAUCAAAUUGUAACUUGGAGGUGAAGCAGUCACCAAAUGUUUGCAUUUUAAGUAAAAAACACACAAAAGAUGAGAUUUGUCUCAACAAAUAAUUUUGAAUAGGAGAGUACAAUAGAAAGAAAGAAUUAAGAUCAGAAUGUGAGAUGAAAUUUGGAAAACUUCCAAAAGAAGAGAUUGGGAAAAUAGCCUAAACUGAAAGUAUAAUUUAGCAUUUGAGAAAAUGUGACAUACCCUCAUGUACUAGUGCAUUGUUGAUUCUUGGGUAACAUCAUACAAACUGUAAAUCCCUUAUCUUUUUUUUUUUAUGUGGCCUACAGAGGCUUGCAAGUGACCUGUGAGGCUUGCCAAUGCUAAGCAUCUCUAAGUCAGUGCCAGCCAUUGCCCAUAAAAUGUGUAACUCUUGACAACAAGAGACUUUGUAGACAUAUGUUUUGUUCUUCAGCAAAUGUAUUGCAUCCUUCCCUCUCAGUCAGGUUCAUAUGAAUCCAAUGGUUGGUACAGUUGGGGAAAUGUGUUCCUACACCCCCUGUGGUAACCCUUGUCAACAAACAGUAACGUUGCGAUUGUAGUAUCACUAUUUAUGAAUGAAUGGGUAUUGGUCGUAUAACGACGGACGUAUGAUAUAGGUCAUAUAGGUUGGCCGUUUGGAGACACGGGUUACCACAGUGGUGUAGGAAUACAUUUCUGCAACUGUACCAUUAUCCAGCAUUUAUUAUUUCUAAAUUACACUUUUCUUUGCAUAUAAUACAAGUGAAUUACUGAUGGUAGCCAAGUAAAAUGAGCCUGGAAAAACAUUUAUAAUUUCAAAGGUCUUAUAGGGACUCCUGCACACCAUAGUAGUUUAACCUCUAUAGUGCAUAUGCUCUACUGCCCCACUUGAGUGAAAUGUUUAUUACAACAAUCCAACCAAUUUUUAUGAGAAUAAGUAAACUGAGUUACUGGGGAUUUUUUCUCCUGCAAAAAUAAACAUUGCAUUCUGUCUCUGGAUGAUAUAAUCUGCCAUCAAGUAUUGCACACUCUGGGUAAUAGGAGGCCCUGUCUUGGUUGUGCUUAAUGCUGGUAUGUCUCAUAGGUAACUCAUUCCCUUGGUCCCAAAGUGAAAUAUCUUAUCUAGAUCCUUAAUUUUGAUAUGUCAUGUUUAUUUUCACUUUACAAUAGUGAUAAUAAUUGUAUAUAAUCUAUUUUAAAAUUUCUUUUUUUUUGUAAUAGGAGAAAUGUUAUCUCAGGCAUAUGUUGAUGUAGCUUGUUUGUUUGAUUUAUUUCUCUUGUAUACAGAGUAAGGUAGCUGUUGUGUUGAGACAUUAAUGUAGUAUACAGGAGGACCCCGACUUACGAACGGCCGUCGAUACGAAUGAGGUCCCAUAAGGUCAAUUAUUUUAAAAAUCCGACAUAAAUACAAUGGUUCAUAGCAGUUACAUAAGAUAACUCGUUUGCGCAGCGUAGAGGGGAGGCAGAGCGGCAUGUCACCCGCCUUGAGGGAGCGUAUCAUCAGUACACUUUACCCUCAUUGCCUAAACCUGCGUGAUCAAGUGCAAACACUUUUUUUUUUAUUAACUCUUUUAUUCGGCCCUCAUCAUGGCUCCCAAAUGCAAACCUGAUGCAAGUGAUAGUAGUGCAUCCAAGUAAAGGAAAACAAUUACAUUGGAAGUGAAAGUUGAUGUAAUUAAACAUUCUGAAAAAGGCGAAACACCCUCAGUGAUCGGUAAGGCGUUGGGUUGCAGUCGUUCAACGAUUGGAACAAUUUUUUAAGACAGAGGAAAUUCUUGAAUAUGUUAAAGGAUGUACACCAAUGCACUCAACUGUGAUAACAAAACAAAGAUGUGGAUUGUUAAUUGAAAUGGAAAGAUUGUUAGUGAUAUGGGUGGAAGAUCAAAAUCAACAGGAUUUGCCUCUUAAGUCUAGCCUUGAUUCAGGAUAAAGCGAGAAGCUUGCAUGCUGACUUGAAGGCUAAACAUGUUGCUAGUAGGGGAUGGUUUAAUCAGUUCAAGGUAAGAGCAAAUGGUGCUUGGAAAAAACACUGCCCACAGUUUGUCCACGAUUUCAGGGGGUCUGAAAAUUAUGUUGGGGAAGUGACAUAGACAGUGGUAGACCUUGGGAACUAACUCCAGCCCGAUAUUCAUGAAGGUGAUGUCACAGAGUUGCUUGAGUUUCAAGCUGAAGAAUUAAGCAAUAAGGACCUGAUUAAACUGAAGAAGCAAAUUUUGUUAGAUGAUGUAGAGGAAGCUGAAACUCCAGAACCAAAGGGAUUCAUUACAAAAGAAAUGGCAGAUGAUUUCAGGCUUAUUGAAGAAGGAUUGUUUAAAUUUAAACAGAAAGAUACCAACACAAAAACAUUCACCAAGAUUCAUAGAAGUAUUACUGAAUACCUCUGAUGCCACACAGAGAUUUACGAUGAAAAGAAUAAAGUUUCAGUUCAAUCAUCCCAAUAAGGCCUCUGUCACUCCUACAAAUGCCCCUCUCUACAUGCAAGCCAGUCCCAGAGUUUCAAUGUAAAUGUUAAAGUUUAAUUUUUACUGUUCUUUACUGAAUUUUGUCAUUCAAUUUCUUCUUUUCUCUUAAAUUAAGUGAUUCAAGGUCUAUAAAAGGACUUAGGCUAUGAUAUAGUGCACAUGGGGUAUGUGUUCCGACUUGCAUACAUUUCCAACUUAAGGACGUGCUCAGGAACGGAACUCGUUUGUAACCCAGGGACCCCCUGUAGUCUUAUUUUGGUCAUUUGACAUUAUGCUGUCAGCAGCUGUCCUUCAGGAAAAGACACUCAAUUUUAAUGUUUGUUUCUCUUGUUUGUAGUACGUACACUAUACUGAAUACAUUGCUAGAUGGCCUAGAUUUGGCACUGAUAGCACCUCAUGUUUUUUUUACUCAAAUGCCCUUUUAUAUACUUUGUCAUUUAAAUAUUCAGAAAAUGUAAACAAAAUCUUCCUCACUCACACAUAUUACUUCAUAAUUUACCGCCCAAUACGAAUACAUACUUAUAGUAUUUGUUAUAUCUUUAAUACUGAGAGAAUAGAGUCAGCACAUUUUUGUUAAACAUUUAUUGGAAAAUAUAUUCUCCAAGGAAUUUAUUCAUAAUUUAAUUUUAAUUUACCAAGAACUAGUUGUGGCACAUUAGAUGAUCCAAUAUUUUUAAUUGUUUUCGUCAACCAUAAUCCAGAUUCUGAUACAGUAUGUAUUUUAAUUAUGUAAUAUUGUACUGUACUACACUAGCUCAUGCUGAAAUGAACCCCCAGUUAUUGUCACUCAUUGAAGCAACAACGAUCAAUUACACUAGGAUCUCUUUGUAUUAUUUGCUGUUACAGUUUAUUGUUUCAUUAUAUGCUUCAGUUAUUGUCAGUCAUUUCAGCAAGAACUGUAAAUUAUGUUUGGGCUGUCUUAACUGUACUUAGAUCCCACUGUUUAAGAAAGCUUUAUGAAUGUAGGGCUGUCAUAAAAACAUGCUUUUUCAAAUGAC